CUGCAACAAGCGCUGUGGUCCGCACUCCGCACGGUCUGUGGAGCAGAGCGCAGCGCGCAGCGCACAGGCAGACAGGAAGCAGCAGCCGCCGCCAGCGCGCUGUGAAGCAGCCUUGUUCGUUUUACCGAUGUGACGACAGGCGUGUGUGUUUGUGUUUGUGUGUGUGUGUGUGAGAGAGAGAGCUGCUGGCAGGAACUGAACUGCAUGUGAGUGCGGAGACUUUCACCGUGGACCGACCUGGAGAAAAUGAACCGAGUCAUUGUGGAGAGCGACUGAGAGGGACUAACGUGGCAGCAGAGGUGUAGGUGAUACCGCGCAGUAUCGAGGUGGCGUAAAAAGUGAAGACAGUGGUUAUAUUGGUCGGCGCACUUGGCGUUCAUUAGGAGGAUCGAUGCAGCUGGACAUGGAUUAUUGGCGCCCGUCUUCACCGCUUUGGAUUUAGUUAAGACGCCGCACAGCACCGCGCCGCCCUCCGCCUCUCCUCCCCGCUGAUCUGAGCGCGCCAGGAACAGGUGGAUCCUGUUUGUGUGUGCUCGGCUUUAUCUCCCCCUUCAUCCACCUUUCACCUUUAUGGGGAACCAGGUGGAGAAACUAACGCAUUUAAAUUACGCAGAGGUGCCAACGUCGGACCCAAAUGGGUUCGACCCGGACGACGACGGACCGCGGAUCGGCGUCUCAUACAUUUUCUCCAACGACGACGGCGACGACGACCAGGACGAUCAUUUGGACCACUUUUCGUCGGCCAGCCACGCCGUAAACCAUGAAGAGAAGCCCUUCGACCCGCAGGACGAGCUGCAGUGCGCGAUUCACUACCGAGAGGAGUGUGUGUACGAGAGACCCGCCGGAGGCGCGACGUACUCUGCGGAAAGUCUCCUGAACAAGUGCAGACCCGGAGACCUGCUGGAGUUUGUGGCCACUGGGCAAUACCCGCACUGGGCUGUUUACGUCGGGGACUUCCAGGUGGUUCACUUGCACAGGGCUGAGAUAAAGAACAACUUUCUCACCGACGUGAGCCAAGGCAAAAAAGGCAGGAUAGUGAACAGCCUCUACAGGUACCGUGCGCUCCCGCCGGAGGUGAUUGUGCGCAACGCCCUGGACCACGUUGGGUCGAGAGACAGAGAGCUCUACUGGAGGAACUCUGAAUGUUUUGCCGCCUGGUGCCGCUUUGGCAAACGGGAGUUCAAAAUCGGAGGGGAGAUAAGGAUAGGAAAGCAGCCGUACAGGUUAAAACUACUCUUUUCGGAGAAGAAGAGUCACGUCUUGGAGUUUCAGAGCUUGGAGGACGUGAUCAUGGAAAAGAGGAGGAACGAUCAGAUCGGCAAAGAUGCUGUGAUGCAAGAGCUGGCCAACCACCUGAACGCAACAAACGAAAUCAAAGAGGAGCGUUUUGUGAACUGAUGGUGGAUGCUGUGGCCAUCUGACGCGGGUGUGAGCCUUAGGUCAAAGGUGGUGUUCAGUGGAAAAUGCCCACUUCUCACGCUGAAAAACAAGCGUGCUGCUGAGGGAGCGUUGAUCCCUCCAGUCACCCAGUAAGAGCUUUGUGUGUGAGCUGGGCGCAUGUGCCACAAUGCAAACAAAGGUCUAUCUUCAGAGGGAGUUAAUAUUCAUCUUAAAUGUGUUUUUCCAAACUGAGAGGAAACGCCUUGACAUCUGGGGUGACUUUUGUUUCUUUUUUUCAAGUGCAUUAGCAAAGCACAUCUCGAGGGCCAAAACAAAAUUCCCACAAGCUGAUUUGCAUCGGAAACGAGUGAAAAUUGCACGCUUGCAGGUUUCCUCCCCCCUUCGAAGAAUGAUGAGAUUUUUCACACCCAUCUCAAGAUGAAGAGACUUGUUUUGCUGGAUGCAUUUGCAUCCGAGCUGCACCUGCAGUCUCAUCAUUUGGGGAAGAAGUCAGAAUUUAAUUGGCCAUAAUUAUCUUUCUAAUCCAAUGAAUCUUUGCACAGAGGAGCAAAACCUGUACUUCUACCUGACGAGAGUGCUGAAAGUGCUUGCCCCUGUACAACUCAGGUGCUGGAGAUCAAUACAGAGUGGAAGAGAGACGACUACUUGCUUUUAUUAUUGUGUGUCAACUUUGAGGAUCCCCUUUUGUUCCUUUCUAUCCAGUCAUCACACAGCUUUACCCACUCUUCACCUACCUUGACACUGUUCACAGCUGCGACAGUGCGCUAGUAUUGAUUCAUCCAUUUCAACAGUUUAUUUUUUGAAAAAAAAAAAAAAGAUGUUUGUAUGAAGGAAAAAGGAAAUAAAUCUAUAUUUGAACAGUAAAGGUUUUCUUUUUCUGU